AUGGCGACCUUCAGGCCGCGCUACGAAACGCUUAAUUCGCUCCACUUUCAAGGGUCACAGGCCAUACGGAACAAUGACUCCUUUCAUUUGUUUCCUAAGUUACCGACAGAAAUCAAAUUACAAAUAUGGAAAACUGCCUUCGUUUCGCGCUGCCGACUUAUCACGAUUCGCCUCACCGAUCCUAGCGCUACAGAGCAAGUUGAUCCAUAUGGGAGCUACGAAGAAACAGUUGGCUCUACCGAUUUUGUCGAUUUUAACCUCUGGCAUGACAAGCCAAGUCCAUGUAAUCAGGAAAUCUGGAAGGUCUCCAUUGACCAAAAGCCCCGCCGUAACCCUCUGAUGCAGAUAUCUCGCGAGUGCAGACAACUUGCAAAGCAGCAGUUCCGACUUCCCCUAUGUUCGAAUCCCGGCUCUGACCUGCUGCAGCCUACAUUGUGGCUAGAUCCGGAGAACGACUACAUAUUCAUAGCACAGUUUGAUGUGCCAACCCUGACAUUCAUCUCUUUCAUAAAUCAUAUGAGCCUCUCUGAUCCCCGUGGGGCAGGGAUCUUGCACAUGGCAUUUGACAGCCGAUGCAGGGAUAGCCUACGCGGGCUUGAGGCGUUAUCUCGAGAAGCUACUCUUGCCAAAAACACGUUGAAAACCUUCCGGGAAGCGAUUCUCGGGCUGAAGUCUGUCUGGUUCAUUCACCUCCUCGGCACUGAUUCGAGGAUAAUGGCAGGGGCACUGUCGGGGACGAGUAACAGAGCGAUGGGCCUCAACCGAAGUAUUCCGAUCUUUGCACACGCGGUUGAAUUUGAUUUAAUUACUCCGGACCCACGGCCAAUCCAAGCAAGUCUCAAGGGCCAGACAGUGUGGAAUGAUCCGAAGAAGCCAGUUGAGGCAUGGCUGAGGGUGGAAAGGGCGCUGGGACUUGACCGGCACAAGGUGGCAGGAGGCGCAUCUGUAUCAGCUAGGGCAUCCAUCAGUACCAUUUCACACAUUCUCGCUAUGUCUGGGCGAAAAGAAAUCAUAAGCGACACAUACUGCGAUGUAAGGUGUUCUCAAACUAUGGACUUGGCUCUCAGAAUCGAACAGGAAAGCAUCGACCAAAUGGCUGACAGGGGCGGGUAUUUGGAGGAAAUAAGAGAAAUGGAGCCCGUGGAGAGCAAGAAAAACGUUUUAUCAGCAGCAGGUUUUUGGAUCUUCCCUGAGGGUACGUUCGACACUCUAUUUGAGCCUCCACGCUACGCGGGCAAGGCGUAUCAAGACAUGACCGGUCAUCACCCGGCUCUAGGACUGUUCGAAUUACCUUCAUAA